ACCUUAGCAUGGGGACGAUCACGAUCACGGCGAAAUCGACGUUGUUCAACGACCCGCUGCCCAGGGCACGCUGGCAACCCAUGCCGGCUUUGUCUCAGGUGCAGCGGGAAAGCUUCCUGAUGCAGGCGACCGACGGGCUGAGGGCAGGAACCAUUCCCGCCCUGGAGCUCUACAGGCCUGGGCGCCAGGCGCAGCAGGUGGUCGCGGUCAACGUGGCCUAUGCGGUGGCAAGUUCGGCUCGCUCUUCUUUUCUUACGCUGCGCUGGGCCUUGCGCUCGCCGUGGCGUGUGGUGGGCUUGCUGGCGUUGUGCUUCGUGCUGUGGGAGGCCUUGAAGUACCUCGGCGUUCUCGACCUGAUCUGGGAGACGGGCAUCGCCGUUUGGGGCUGGAUGGUGGCUUGCAAGGACACGUUCGUGGAGUCGUCCGAGACCGCUCAGGAGUGGGUGGUCUAUUUCGGCGAGUGGGUGGAGUGGGCUCGCAAGCUGAUGCCUUUGCGUCGGUGGGCUGCGCUCCCCCUCGCUCUUGGUAUGCUGAUGGCGUGCGGAGUUCACGAGCUGCAGGUGACGGGCGAGGCUGGUCAAUCAUCGGUGGCUUCAUCCACAAUUUCUUCGGUCGUCGGGGAGCCGCCGCCCGCCGUCGUCGUGCCCCCCCCUUUGCUUUCACCCGCUCAUCCGCCUGGUUUGGAUCCACAGUUGUUGGCUACUCAGCUCAGCGACCUCGCCGCGGCGCAGCAGGCCAUGAUGGAGGAGAUCAGCGAGAUGCGGACGGCCGAGCGGACCAGAGAGUUGCGGCGAGAUGUGCUCGAGGCUUCCGCCCAGUCCAGGGGACACUCGGAGGCGGAGGCCAACAAGCAGGUGAUCGAGGGCAUGAUGGCCCGCCUGGAUCAGUUCGAGGCUCGGUUGAGGGGAGACGCUCAGCCCGAUGCGAGCCUCGAGGAGCGGGUGGCCGCGAUCGAGGUAGCCGCCCCGUCCUCGUCCGCUGCGGCUACCGCGGGUUCGCCGACGAAGACUUCGUCACCCUCGUUGCUGGAGACGCCGGAGAAGCGGAUGGCGACAAGCCCGCCGGAGGAUGUGGAGCUGGCCAUCAAGCGGAUGAGGUUCAAGGCUCAGAUGCCGCAGCAGGUGUUUCUGGAGCAGCUGGACGAGUACAAGGAGAUCCCGCUGGAGGAGUGGAACAGCCGCAUGCCCGAGGGUUGUCGGCAGAGGAUCUCGGCCGAGGUGCUGUCGGCGAUCUACGCGUCGGGGAAGACGGCGGAGGCUUGGGCGCGAGUCUUUAUCCGGGAUCGAGGGCUGUCCGACUGCAACACGGCGCGGGAGAUGAUCGCGGCCUUCGCGGCGGUGGACACGAUGCUGAUGACGGAUCGCCAGAAGGGGCUGCUCAACUUGGUGAGUUUCGAACGGUUGGUGCGCAAAGGCUACGCGAUCGGCAGGGACGCCAAGGGCUGGAAGUCCAAGGUCGACUGGGAGGCGGCUCGCAGGUUGGAUCCUCAGCUGGCGGACGAGAGCACGAUUCGAGUGAUGAGUGCCGAGGAGGAAGUGAAGAAGGCCAUGGGUCGGGACGCGCAGCUGAUCAAGGCACGCACCGACCUGGACGGGGUGGUGCUGUUCCAGCGCCCAGAGCGCCCGAGUUCGACGUCUCGCCGGGUGCUGACGUGCUGGAAAGAAGAGGUGGAGAUGCUUGGGCGAGCCAAUCGCUCUGUAUUGGCGCUGCGACAACUCUACCGUGGGAGUCUGGACGACAGCCUGCUGGAGCUGGCCGAGAGCUGGGGACAGGGGCCGAUGCCCGACAACCUGGACGGGGACCUCUCGCGGCGCGUGCUGGAGGAGGUCCGUCGCCAACGACCGCCGCCGACGACGCCCUGCCAAGGAGCCGCGAUCCUGCGGCUGCGCCCUGCCGCUUCGGCGGCGGGCAACCAGUCCCGGUCGACCUUCAAGCAGAGGUUGGCCGAACUUCGGAGGAGGAGUGCUGGUGGAAGUGUGCGGCUGCCAGACAGGGGCGAUUCGUUCCCCGCCCAGUGGGACCGAGUCGCUUUACCUCCCCCGGGGACCAGACCUGUGAAUGUGAGGAGUGUGUCCCCUCGGGUGGCACAAAAGUUGGAGAAGUUCAAGGAGGUGAUGUUGAGAGAGGAUGGCGACGCCUGCGUUCAGGCCUGCGAGGUGCGCAACUACGUGGACCCGCACUUCCGCAAGAAGACAGAGAUGAUGCAGCUUGCCUGGAGGAUGGCUUUGGCGGGUAUGCUCUGUCGGACUGCCGAGAAGGUGGACGAGGUCGGGCUCUUUGGCGUGGUGAAGAAGGCCGAGAUGGUGGGGAGCGAGCCGUCCCGCGCCGCGCUGCCGCCCGAGGUGCUGGAGCGAAGCGCGGAGUUGCUCAAGAAGAA